AUGGGGAGGCUAAGCACGGUCUGCACAAAGGGUGACGAGAGAGACUGGUCAUGUCUAUGUCAUGAGGCGGAGGAAUUCAGGGGCAUUAACCGGUCUGAUUGGGCACCGACUUUGUGUGAGGCCCAUGGUCAAGGAUCCAAGAUGGAGCCUCAAACCAGGCUUUGCGAUCCGAUCUUAAUGGUCAAUCUACUCUUCUCCACACACACAGGCGCCGAAAUCGUACUCGGACCUCGUCCAGACGAGCGCUGCACUCUCCGCCCCAACCCUAAGUGGCGCACGUGGCUCCUCAACGGUGCGGGCCUAGAGCAGGAUGGGCCAGGGAGUUACAAGGAUCGGAGUGAGGUCUUCGUGAGACGAGAUGAGGAGACAGAGGAGGCAACGACGGAAAGAGAAGAGGAGAGAGGAGAGGAGAGGAGGAGAGAGGAAAAGAGAGGAGAGGAGAGGAGAGGGGAGAGGAACAGGGGACAGGGCGGUGUACUACGCAGCAGAUAG